GGGGCGAGCGGCAGGCAGCAGCCGGGACUGUUUUGUUUAGGUCUCCAUCCACCUGUGUGGUAUAAAUCUUCCAGCCUCAGGGCGGCGGGGGGCCGGGGUGAGAAAGCCCUGACGUUCCCAAAAGCCCCUUUUCGCCACUUACAGAUCUAGGACCACAUUUGAUUUUCCACGCCUGGAACCGGCUAGAUCCUAGUUUACGCUUCCCCACCCUCCAGCCCCCCAUCAACGCUUCCAGCACCCGCUGUGUGCAGGGCUGGUGCUCCGCAGAGCAAUCAGCGCCCACGACCCAGGGACAGCUGGCCACCGAAGUCCCUCCCCAGCGCCCUUUCCUGUUCCCUUGAAAACAGGGGAGCUGAGGGUUUAAUGUGAAGGGCGCCCAUGAAAUUCGUGGGAACUUGUUCUGGCUUCUUCUGGCGUGGAGUUCUUUCAGGGGUGUCGGGUCUGCCGGGGACUACAAAAUGGGAUCCUGAGUUGGCUGGAGUUGCCCAGACUAGGCUGCAGAGAGGUCAGCUGUUGGCUCGCGGGAGAGCCCGAAGGAACCCCUUGAGCUGAUGGCAGUCAAGACCGGCGGCUGCGUUUGCCUGGAAGAAAAGCCUAAAUACAUUAGCGAGCUGGUAAAGCUUUUAAGGCCUUCUUGGGAGCGAGUGGCUGGCUAAUGAGAGGUUAAUUUUGUUUCGAAGGGAAGGCUGCACUGGUUUCCUGAGAUAAAUGGACAGGAAGCGCAUUACCUCCGCGCGCUGGCAAGCGGCUCCCAAAUGCUUUUUGCACCUGCCGUUUUGAGCGGUGAGAGCAGCAGCCGAGCCCGCAGGGAUUGCGGGGGCCCGUUGCGUACGAGCGGGUGAUGAGCCCCUCACAGGCCCCAGGCUCUCUCUCUCCGGGGGUGCAUUGCUCACACCAAGCUCUGGGAUUCUUCUCUCACGCCCAGGUCCUGCGUGUUCCGAAGUCCGGGGGCCCCCUGAUCCCUCUGAGCCCCCUCCAGGAGCGGAAGGGUUAAGAAUGAUGAGGAAGAAGAGGAAGCGAGGCGCGCCCCUCGGCCCAUGCAGCAGCCACGGGCCCAGACCCGCCACGGCGCCCGCGCCGUCGCCCUCGCCGGAGCCCACGAGACCUGCAUGGACUGGCAUGGGCUUGAGAGCAGCACCUUCCUGCGCCGCCGCCGCCGAGGUUGAGCAGCGCCGCCGCCCCGGGCUCUGCCCGCCGCCGCUGGAGCUGCUGUUGCUGCUACUACUCAGCCUCGGGCUGCUCCACGCAGGUGACUGCCAGCAGCCAACCCAAUGUCGAAUUCAGAAAUGUACCACAGACUUUGUGUCCCUAACUUCUCACCUGAACUCUGCCACUGACAGCUUUGACUCUGAGUUUUGCAAGGCCCUGCGUGCCUAUGCUGGCUGCACCCAGCGAACUUCAAAAGCCUGCCGUGGCAACCUGGUAUACCAUUCUGCCGUGUUGGGUAUCAGUGACCUCAUGAGCCAGAGGAAUUGUUCCAAGGAUGGACCCACAUCCUCUACCAACCCCGAAGUGACCCAUGAUCCUUGCAACUAUCAUAGCCAUGCUGGAGUCAGGGAACACAGGAGGGGGGACCAGAACCCUCCCAAUUACCUUUUUUGUGGCUUGUUUGGAGAUCCUCACCUCAGAACUUUCAAGGAUCACUUCCAGACAUGCAAAGUGGAAGGGGCCUGGCCACUCAUAGAUAAUAAUUAUCUUUCAGUUCAAGUGACAAAUGUGCCUGUGGUCCCUGGAUCCAGUGCUACUGCUACAAAUAAGAUCACCAUUAUCUUCAAAGCCCACCAUGAGUGUACAGAUCAGAAAGUCUACCAAGCUGUGACAGAUGACCUGCCGGCCGCCUUUGUGGAUGGCACCACCAGUGGUGGGGAUGGUGAUGCCAAGAGCCUGCGGAUCGUGGAGAGGGAGAGUGGCCACUAUGUGGAGAUGCACGCCCGCUAUAUAGGAACCACAGUGUUUGUGCGGCAGGUGGGUCGCUACCUGACCCUUGCCAUCCGUAUGCCUGAGGACCUGGCCAUGUCCUACGAGGAGAGCCAGGACCUGCAGCUAUGCAUGAACGGCUGCCCCGUGAGUGAACGCAUCGAUGAUGGGCAGGGCCAGGUGUCUGCCAUCCUGGGACACAGCCUGCCUCACACCUCCUUGGUGCAGGCCUGGCCUGGCUACACGCUGGAGACUGCCAACACUCAAUGCCAUGAGAAGAUGCCAGUGAAGGACAUCUAUUUCCAGUCCUGUGUCUUCGACCUGCUCACAACUGGUGAUGCCAACUUUACCGCUGCGGCCCACAGUGCCUUGGAGGACGUGGAGGCGCUGCACCCAAGGAAGGAACGCUGGCACAUUUUCCCCAGCAGUGGCAAUGGGACUCCCCGUGGAGGCAGCGAUUUGUCCGUCAGUCUAGGACUCAUGUGCUUGAUCCUUAUCGUGUUUUUGUAGGGGUUGUCUUUUGUUUUGGUUUUUUAUUUUUUGUCUAUAACAAAAUUUUAAAAUAUAUAUUGUCAUAAUAUAUUGAGUAAAAGAGUAUAUAUGUAUAUACCAUGUAUAUGACAGGACAUUUGUCCUGGGACACCCACCAGAUUGUACAUAUUGUGUUUGGCUGUUUUCACAUAUGUUGGAUGUAGUGUUCUUUGAUUGUAUCAAUUUCGUUUUGCAGUUUUGUGAAAUGUUUUAUAAUGUCCCUGCCUAGGGGCCUGUUAGCACUUUAUUUUUUAUAUAUUAAAUAUUUAUGUGUGUACUUGGUU